GAAGUUGGUUCAGAGUCGCGAGAGGUUUUUGGUUCCGUCACAAAUCGAGAUUUUCACAGAGAUAGAAAUCUUCUUCGUCUUCCGUCUUCCUUCUUCCUUCUUCUUCUUUAGUGCUUGAAAUGUCUUAUGAUGAGAUGCUUGCUGCUGCGAAGAAAGCCGUCUCUCUCGCUGCUCGUCUCAGUAACGAAGUGAGGAAAUCUCUGUUGGUCUCUGACGUUUGGAACAAAUCUGAUGAUAGUCCUGUCACUGUUGCUGAUUAUGGGUCUCAGGCGGUGGUUAGCCUUGUUCUGGAAAGGGAACUCAAGAAUGAACCUGUGUCUUUAGUAGCUGAAGAGGAUUCUGCUGAGCUGAGGAAAGUUGCUGCUGAGACGGUUCUGGCACGUAUUACAGAGCUUGUUAAAGAUACUCUCGCCACUGAUGAAUCCUACGCUUCUUCUCCUUUGUCUUCCGAUGAUGUCCUCAACGCCAUUGACUCUGGCAAAUCAGAAGGAGGUCCUAAGGGUCGCCAUUGGGUCUUGGAUCCUAUCGGUGGCACCAGAGGAUUUAUAAGAGGAGAACAGUAUGCAAUAGGACUAGCAUUGUUGGUGGAAGGCAAAGUAGUGCUUGGUGUAAUGGCUUGUCCCAAGCUUCCUUUGGCUUCCACUGCUGGCAGCAACAAUACACACAAGUCCUCCUCACCUGAAAAAGUGGGUUGCCUUUUCUUUGGCGCUGUUGGCACUGGGGCUUAUGUCCAGUCACUCAAUGCUCUCGACUCUCCUCCUGUCAAGGUGGAGGUAAGCAGCAAUGAUGAUCCGGCCAAAGCGAGUUUCUUUGAGUCGUACCACACACCUGUCCCUAUCCAUAACACCAUUGCUAAGAAACUGGGGAUAAAGGAAUCUCCAAUCAAGAUCAACAGUCAGACAAAGUAUGCAGCUUUGUCUAGAGGAGAUGGAGAGGUGUACUUGAGGUUCACCCGCAAAGCAAGACCCGAAUCAAUAUGGAAUCACGCCGCUGGAUCAAUCCUAGUUUCAGAGGCGGGAGGAAAAGUGACUGAUGCAGCAGGGAAUCCAUUGGAUUUCUCGAAAGGGAAGUAUCUUGAUUACAAGAGAGGCAUUGUUGUCACGACGCAGAAGCUGUUGCCAAGGCUUUUGAAAGCCGUGAGAGAAUCACUUAAAGAAGAGGAAGAGGAAGAAGAGAAAGCUGCUUCUUUGAAACUUCACUGACACGCAACUGUAAUAUACCUUGUUAUUGUUGUCCUUUCGGGUCUACUCUCUCUCUGUCUGUGUUUUUCUCACACAGACUAUUAUCACUGGAAAAAAAAUAUUAAAACUCAACUCCUGAUAUAUAAUAAACACUAAUUCUCUUUUGAAUCUAA